GUUCGGUUAAACGGGAAUAGGGAAAAUAUGAAAACAAUCGAGCACGAUUUUUAUCGAGCAGACCUGGCUAUUCAUUAUUCCAAUGGGUACGAUUGCAUUUCACUGGAAUGAGUACUUUCAUUAGCCUGCUUUGACUUAAGAGCACGUGGAUAAAACGGCACGUUCUUGUUCCUCUCUUGCAGAGUAUUUUGGUAUAAAACAACGUAUGAAUUUCGGUCGCGUUUUACUCGUCUGCCUUUUGAGAGGGCAACCGAGGAAAGUGAGUCAACGAUAUGAUUGGCAAUUUUCCAGGAUGUACAGUGAAUUUUAAAACAUGGGACAGGAAAAUGAAGAAUAGACGUCUUCGUUAAUAUUUGAUGAAUUUUUGUAAGUUUAAAGGUAACUGUACUAUUAUAUACAAUUUUCUAGCUUAUAUUGUUACUAUACUAUUUAAUUAUUUUCUUAUUUUAGAACGAAGAAUCACUGUUGAAUUUUGGAGAAAAAUAACGAAGCGGCCAACGUUCUCCCGUAAAGGUAAAAAGGUGGGAGUCGGUAUAAAGAGAGGAAAUACUCGAUGGCGAUGGCCAGUGAGUUCAGUGAGAGUGCCGUGAUCCUUUUACCGAUCUACCGUGAAAGUCAACCAUGAAGAUCCUGCCACUGGUCGUCCUCUGCUGUUGUUCCAUCCUCGUCCUCACGGAGAGCAGAGAAUCCAGCAAAGAAGAUUUAUUAUCUCGAGCCUCGGCUCAGCUGGAACGCCUGGCACCGUAUAGAAGGACCUCGACAGACAAGAAAGCAUCCGACGAACAGUGGCAAUUGCUGGACAAUGCCUCCAAGGAUGCGAAUAGAAUAUUGAGAGAACAACGUACAGCCUUUGAAAUUUACAAACUUCUCCCAGAGAAUAUGCAGAUUGAUAUCGCGAAGAGGAUCGGCGCUGAUCGAGCGACCAUCGAGCUCCUAGGUGAUCCAAAAUACAUACAGAUGAUGCAGGAUAGGAUCAAGAGAUCAGGAUCCAAACGCGAUUAUAGCGGACCCGAGGAAUACGAUCAUCCUCCGGACGGGUAUCAUUAUGGAGGAUACGAUACUGAUCAUGGAGAAAAUCACGAAUCUUCAGGAUCCGAUUCUGGAGGUAUCCUGAAAGGAUCCGGGAGCUUGAUCGGCGGUAUAGCCAAUGGUAUAAUCGGUGGUCUUGUCAGCGCCUCCAGCAGCGCGUCGAAAGGAUCAUCCUCGGUCUCUGCUUCGAGUGCAUCGUCCAGCUCUUCCUCGAGCUCGGAUUCGGGUCAUAAAAAACCGGAAUACGGGCAUACCUAUUCGUACGACGAUGACUCGUUCGGCGCGUGGGACAUCAAAAAGGUGAUCAUUAGCACGUUAAUGCAAGCGGUGAAAGCGAUAAGCGGAGGUGUGAUCGCAUUGAAAGGUCAGAUACUGAAAGGAAGCGGUUAUCUUGUCUCUACCAAGGGCAAAAUGAUUACUAAAACAGGGGAAGCGAUCACAACAUUAGGUCGGAAUAUCGUGAAGAAUGUUGCCCAUCAUCCACAACCGGAGUAUCAUCAUCAUAGUUAUCCCUACGAAAAUGGUCACGAUCAUGAAGAAACUUACGAUGGACCACCACCCAGUAUCGAGGAAUUUGCGGAACAAAACCACGAUUACCAUGCAAAUUUGAACGACGAAUCAUCCUCGGACGUCGAUGACCAAGCGGGCCUUCUGAUCAUGAAACCGACGAAACCGGACGGACACGAUCAUCACCUCCUGGACACGGACUUUAAGAAACCUUCUCUGACCCAACCUGAAGAGAAUUACAACGGGCCACCGCCUGGAUUGCCCGAAAAACACGUGGAGAAUCAAGAGAAUCAUUUGGUCAUGGAUUCUGGUCAUCCUGAUCAUCCACCGUCCAGCUACGAGGUUCCAAUUCAGCAUUCAUUGGACGAGCCCGCAAAGACUCAAGCUUAUCCUCUUUAUCCUCCUCUGAAUUCUGGUUUCAAUCUUAAUAGUCCAUUUUCUAUUCAGCAAAGCGUAGAAUAUCCACCGAUACAUAUUCAAUAUGCCUUACCCAACAAAGGAAUUGAUUUGCCUAAUAUAGAUACUUCAAGCAACGAUUUGUCUGUCUACUCCAGUCUAUCCAUCGACGUAGAUCCCAAGAUACAGACUGUCAAACUAUCUCCACUGAAACAUGGAAAUGCUUUUGACCUGUCCAAGUUGCAACCUAAUGGAAACUUUCAAAGUUUACCUUUGCUUCCUAAUUAUUCUCAAUUUCAAGAACCUUUGAAGAUACCCUUGUUGAAACCAUUGACACCUUACUGGCAGAGUCAAGGACUGCUUCAACCAUUUGGUAAUCUUCAUGCGAAUCCUUGGUAUAGAAGAAGAAGUAGUGCUCAAAGAAGGAGAUCAGUCAAUGAGAUGCAUCGUAUGAGACAACACCAUGGGUAGAGUGUAUCACUGUAGCCACAGGUAAUUGGAAUUGAUGCGAUUGUUGGUUUUUCUAUGAAUAUUACUGUGUUUCUUUCACUUCUGGCAAAGUAGGAUUAACAGAAAUUGUGAUGAUAAUGGUAACCAAGUUAUCAACUAUGGAAAAGGUGUUAUACCAUUAUUAUAGAGAUUGAAUUGAGAUUAGACUCCUUGCUUUCCAGGCGAAACGCAAAGCCAUCACAGCUUCCUGUAAUUUGUAAGCUUCUCCUCGUUGCUUUCUGUAACUAAACUGCUGAAGAAUGCUUCGAAGCAAGCUAAUAAAAUUUCUCUUAAAUUUUUGCAUUCAUCUUGAAUUAAUAUCUGUUACAGUGAUCUACUCUUAUGGAUCCUACCUCUACCCAAGUGGGUUCAGAAUACAUCAUGGAUAUUGACCAGCAGCAGUGUUUAACACGUUCCAUCCAGCAUGGGUUUGUCUACCCACAACAGACUACAGUAAUAGAGUCGCGCUUGUUACCUUCGGUACGAACGUGUUAAACAGAAAUCCAAGACUGUAAUGGAAGUUUCGCACGAGGAGCUGAAUUGAAAGCUGAAGAACAUUUACCUAUCUGUGCGUGCGUGUGUCUCGGCUUUCGCCUGAUGGAAAAAAGAAAGACCAUAAACCAUCGCAGAUCGUCCCUGGUGGGAGUUACCACUGGAUGAAAUAUUCCUGAAAUUAUUCUGGAAAAGAAAGCGGUCCGAAAUGCAAAUUAAGGACCGAUGGACGUUGAACAGUUACAAGCAUGUUGUGCUAGUGUAGAGAAUAUAUUUUUUUAUAUAUUCUCUCUUAAAUCUGCCUUGUGAUACGUGCUGAAUACCUUUUGUAUCAUAUACUUUUGUAUAAUUUUAAUCUAAGGUAUGACUCUUGUUCCUUGGCUGUUGUCACUGAUGGGAGGAUUAUUUGAUUAACGAUGGAUGAUUAUGAUGGAUGGAAGUGUAUUAUAAUUCACCGUGUAUAAAUCCAAUUAAUAUUUAGAAAUGUUAAGUUGAUCUUAAAUGCAACCAAGAAGGCCAUAAUAAUAAGAAUGACUUUAUUUUUCUCUAAUUAUUCUGUCGCUAGUAGGAAUUUGUAAUUAUAGAUUCUGUAAUGUUAUCCUUAUUAAGAUACCGCGGUAUGUAAGUUAUUCUGCUAGUGGAAUGAUUAUUAAUAAUUCAAUUUUUGUUACUCCUAUGGAAGACUCGAAUAAAUUGUUUUGUCUAUUGUUACAGGAACUACAUAUUAUUUCUUUAUUUUAUUUUACCGAGGAAACGAUUGAAACUAUAAUUUAUGUGCUGACACAGGAGAGAAAGAAAGUUCGCUGCAUCAUUAUUUAAAAUGAUGUGAAUGGUGAAAAUUGAAGGUGCAAUGAACGAUAUACACGAAAUAAAACGUCUGGAGCAAGAUUCAACCUCGAUCUCCUUUCAUCAAAUUCCACUGAGGGUGCAAUGAACUUCCAAACCCAAAUGACAACGUCUAUUCCAUAAAUUCCUGGAAAGUGGUAUCCAAUUUUCCAUUAUCCAAUCAAUAGAUCCAUCAGAUUUAAUAGGUAUUACUUUUCCACUAUUACUUGAACAGUUAUAAAAUUCAAAAUUCACUGUUUCUUUUUUAUAUCUACGUAACUUAUUUUAUAUUAAAAAGAAAAUAAUGAAAUGCUUAAACAUUUUCUGCAGACUGUGAAAUUUGGAAGAUCCAAUUUACUUGUCUCUCAAGCAAUUGUACUGUAAUUGGCAAAAAGCAAUGUACAAAGUAUUCCAUUUGGGAGAAGAUUGAAUGGAGGGACGCAUAAUUUUAGUCAUAAACUCACGUAGCACCGAUGAAUAUAGUGGGUCACUGGAUCACACACGUUGGUCCGUGUAUCCACGCACACAGGUGUAAUUCUCACGAGGGAAUCCAGUAGCAGGAUAUGGAGAGAAACGGCGUUUGACCGGUCUUCGA